AUGAUAUAUCCUCUAAUUAGUCGAAGAACAUUAGUUACAAGCUCACCUAAAGGGAUAAUAAUACGACUACAAUAUCCAAUCCUUCGUCCUUUGACUUUUCCUUUAGGCCCAAAUCAUGUAAAUAAUACAACAAACUGUAAUGGCAUUAGUAUAACAAAAAGAAAUUAUUCGCUGAAGUUCCCUUAUUUUGACUUGAAAAACACCAAAUUAAGGCUCAAUACUAACAAUAAUGUCAGAAUGCAUGAAAAUAAUAAACAAGUUGAUGGUAAACAUUUCUUCACGAAACAAGGAGAUGUUACUGAGAACAACGAAAAGUCUCAAUUGAAACAUGAAAAUCCAUCCCAUGAGGAGGAUGAGAAGGUAAUGGCGAUAAAUAGUAUUCAAGAAGCAAUCAGACAACAACGAAAUAAACGUCGAAAACAAAUGGCAUCAAUAAUCUUUAUGAUCCUCAGUAGUUUAUUAAUUGGAUAUGGAUUAGGUUAUAAAGUAUUAUAUUUAAGGCAAGAAAUAUUUUGGCCAAUUUGUCCCACUUCAAAAUAUCAUAAAUUAAGUAAAAAUGAAUUGAAAAAGAUAAAUCUUUUACAAAUUGAAAAAUUAGCUAGAAUUAGAACUUUAGAGCAAUUAUCAAAACAUGAAAUGAUUAAAGAUCAAUACGGGAUACCUUUAAAGUUGGAAAAUGAAGAUAAUACUGAAGGAGUGGGAGAGCCAUUCAAGAUAUGGUGUGAAGAUCAAGAUUUAUGUUUAUUUGGUGUCAAGAUUAAACCAGAUGGGAACAAUAAUAAUAAUAAGCAAAAACAAAGGGACGAGGAUCAUAAGUGGUAUAGAUUGCCAUUUUUAUUCAAAUGGAGGUUUACUUAUAAAUCCAUUAGUUUACUGAUAACAUUUCAAAAUAUCUUGAACUCAAUUGGAAUAAAUAAGAAUGGAUUAUAUGAAAUUAUUGAACCAGAAAAAGUUUAUGGAUCAUUUAAAUAUGAGCAUCCUUUAGGUAGGGGAUCUUCAAGUGUGAAUGAUAAUAAAUCAGAUUGCGGGCACCCUAUGCAUUUAUGGUUUUUAGGCGAAAUCAAAUUAGACAAGGAUUCCUUAGUAAUUUAUAAAGGAAAAUAUCAUGUUGAUGUGAAAAUGCAAGAAAUAACACUUCUAAGAAAAGAAAAUGGGAAAUUGAUUGAGUAUAUUCUGUACAAUGAUAUUAAAAGAUAA